AUGCGCGAGGUGUACAACGCGCUGGUCCGCGAGUUCUUGGCGUCGAUGCCGAAGGUCUGCGAGAACUGCGGCGCCACGUCGCCCUCGCUGGUCCGCGACCGCUUCCUCAAGCUCUUCGAGGCCCCCAUGCGGAACAAGGGCAAGCAGCUCAGUGCGGCGGGGAAUCCGGCGAAGAGCGCGCUGGACGGGCUCACCGCGGGGCAGCUGUCGGCGCUGGAGGGCCUCCGCGAGACGUUCCGGGAGUUCUCGGAGCGCGAGAUCGAGGAGGAGGGCGAGAACGAGGAGAACGGCGAGAACGAGCUGACGGCGAGCGAGGCGAAGAACGAGAAGCUGAAGUUCCUGCCGCCGCUGGAAGUGGAGCUGCGCAUGCGGAUGCUGUACGAGAACGAGUACCGAAUCGCGAACCUGGUGUGGUACCCGCAGCUCACCGAGGAGGCGGCGAUCGCCAAUCCGCAGGGACAUCCCGAGCUGGAGAAGGAGGGCUACCGGAUCUUCUUCGUGCGGACCAUCCUGGUGCCGCCGUCGCGCUUCCGACCGCCGCAGCAUUUGCACGGAGAGCAGUACGAGCACCCGCAGAACGUGUACCUGUCGAACAUUCUCCGCGAUAACUACAAUCUGAUGCAGUACGGAGCGAAGCGUGUGGAGGACCGCACCGAAUCCAUGCCCGAAGCCGGCAAUCUGGACGAUCAGCCCGAUGAAUCCAAGGAAGCCAUGGACUCCAAGGACUCCAAAGACUCCAAAGACUCCAAAGACUCCAAAGAUGCCAAGACGGCGAAGCCCUCGCGGCGAUCGCGGGGCGGGAAGGGCGAGUCGAAGGAGAAGCCGCUGUCGUACACGUUCGAGGACGCGCUGAAGGACUGGGUGGACAUGCAGGAGAACUACAACGGGCUGGUGGACUCGUCCAAGGGCCACUCGGGGCAGAGCGCGGGCAUCCGGCAGCUCCUGGAGCACAAGGAGGGUCUCUUCCGCAUGAACAUGAUGGGCAAGCGUGUGAACUUCGCGGCGCGCUCGGUCAUCGCGCCCGACCCCUACAUCGACACCGACGAGGUGGGCGUGCCGCUGCAGUUCGCGAAGGAGCUCUGCUACCCGGAGCCCGUCACGGUGAACAACGUGAAGCUGCUGCGCCAGCUGGUGAUCAACGGCCGCGAGAAGUACCCCGGCGCCUGCUACAUCGAGAACGAGGGCGGCUGGCUGGUGGAUCUGCAGUACAAGAACCGCGGGCAGCGCGAGGCCUUGGCGAAGACGCUGCUGGUGAAGGACAGCUCGGGCGGGAUUCGGCGGAAGCGCGUGUGGCGCAACCUGCUGCAGGGCGAUAUUCUGCUGGUGAAUCGCCAGCCGACGCUGCACAAGGCGUCCAUCAUGGCGCUGCGCGCGCGGAUCCUGAAGAGCAAGCGACAGACGAUCCGAAUGCACUACUCGAACUGCAACACGUUCAACGCGGACUUCGACGGCGACGAGAUCAACCUGCACUUCCCGCAGGGCGAGCUGGCGCGCUCGGAGGCGUACAACAUCGUGAGCGCGAAGUACCAGUACACCUCGGCGAAGGACGGCUCGCCGCUCCGCGGACUGAUCCAGGACCACGUGGCGUCGGGCUUCCUGCUCACCAAGCGCGACACCUUCCUGAAUCGGCAGGAGUACGACCAGCUCGUGUUCACGGCGAUCUCCGGGUUCGACGAGCCCGCGAGCGAGCGCGUGGUGCGCACGCUGCCGCCCGCGAUUCUCAAGCCGGCCGUGUUGUGGACGGGGAAGCAGGUGGUGAGCUCGCUGCUGAUCAACCUGGUGGGCGACCUGCCGCAGAUGACCUUCAACGGCGUGGCCCAAGUGAACGACAAGGCCUGGGGCAGCGGGCAGAUCCCGCCGCAGAGCCCGCUGGGCGAGCAGCUGGUGCUGGUGGAGGAGGGCGAGCUGCUGCGCGGCGUGCUGGACAAGUCCACGUUCGGCGCGAAGAACUACUCGCUGGUGCACGCGAUCCACGAGCUGUACGGCGUGGACCUGUGCAGCAAGUUCCUGUCCUGCUUCGGCCGCGUGGUGACGUCGUACUUCCAGAAGCGCGGGUUCACCUGCUCGAUGGAGGACCUGGUGCUGGAGAAGGAGGCGGAGGACAAGCGGCGCGCGCUGAUCGACUCCGCGCUGGAGAAGGCGGUGAGCGGCAUGGAGCAGUACAUGGGACUCGAGACCACGCCGUCGAUGUCGCUGGAGGCGCGUCGCGCCGCGGUGAGCGACGAGCUGCGGCAGCGAUUCAUCUCCAGCCGCGGCGCGUCGAUCGUGUCGCAGAUCUCCUCGGAGAUCUUCAAGGUCUGUCUCCCGCACGGCCUGCGCGUCCCCUUCCCCAACAACAGCUUCUCCUGCAUGAUCAUCUCGGGAGCCAAGGGCUCCAACGUCAACCAGACGCAAGUAUCCUGCGCUCUGGGCCAGCAGGAGCUGGAGGGCCGCCGCGUGCCCAUGAUGGUCAACGGCAAGACGCUCCCGUCCUUCCGCGCCUACGACCCCAUGCCGCGCGCGGGAGGCUGGGUCUCCGACCGUUUCCUCACGGGUAUCCGUCCGCAGGAAUACUAUUUCCACUGCAUGGCGGGACGCGAGGGUCUGGUGGACACGGCCGUGAAGACCUCGCGGUCGGGAUACCUGCAGCGCUGCAUCAUCAAGCAUUUGGAGGACCUGACGGUGCAGUACGACUACUCGGUGCGGAACAGCGACGGCGCGGUGAUCCAGCUGCUCUACGGAGACGACGGCGUGGACGUGGGGAAGGUGAAGUACCUGACGGGCAAGCGCGCGCAGCUGGACUUCCUGGCGCAGAACAGCAGCAUUCUGGUGUACCGCUACGGACUCUCCGAGCACUUCUUCCAGGACACCGGGCUGAACAGCCAGGAGGCGGCGGCGCGGCACGCGGAGAUCCAGUGCGCGCGGGAGGAGCUGGCGCAUCGCCCCGCGGUGCUGAGCAAGAAGAGCGUGGUGGAGGUGCGACGACGCAUCAGCAAGAGCCAGGAAUGGGUGGUGGGCAACGUGAGCAACGAGUUCUUCCCCGCGGUGAUCACCAAGGUGCACAAGAAGGACGGUACGUACGACGUGGUGUACUCGGACACGCAGAAGAAGGAGAAGCACGUGCCGCUGAAGGCGUUCGACGCGUCGGAGGGCAUCGAGAUCGAGCUGAUCCACCUGCGGCUGCCGGACCCGGUCAACUGGCAGCUGAACAUCUGCCGCAACAUCGGCGCGGUCAACGAGAAGUACCAGGACCAGCUGGAGGCCUACCUGGCCGCCUACGAGAAGGCCCGCGAGGCGGGCAACGGUCUGCCCGGAGGCGUGGAUCGCGGCGGGCUGGAGAUGCUGUUCUGGAUGAAGUACAUGCGGUCGCUCGCCGAGCCCGGCGACUCGGUGGGCGUCAUCGCGGGACAGUCGAUCGGCGAGCCCGCGACGCAGAUGACGCUGAACACGUUCCACCUGGCGGGGCACGGCGCGGUGAACGUGACGCUGGGCAUUCCGCGACUGCGCGAAAUCAUCAUGCAGGCGGCGAAGAGCAUCGGCACUCCCAUGAUGACGCUGCCGUUGCUGCCCUCCGCGACGGAGGAGGCGGCGAACCGGCUGAAGAAGAAGCUGCAUCGUAUCGGGCUGGACCAGCUGCUGGAGCCCGAGUGCUACUUCCGCGUGGUGGAUUAUCUGACCAACACGACGUACGGAGCCACGUACACGCCGUAUGUGCGGAAGUACGAGCUGAAUAUGAACUUGCUGCCCGCUGAUGUGAUCCAGAAGGCGUACGGUUUGGACAUGGACACGGUGCUGCACGUGAUCAUGGAGGAGUUCUUGCCGCUGCUGGGCACGCUGAUGACGAAGGACGUGCGUCGCGCGGCGAAGGUGUCCAAUCUGGAGCUGGACAUCGAAACGGCCAUCAGCGGGAAGGACCUCAGCAACACGAAGCGAGUGAAGCUGCCGAAGAAGCAGGCGCGCGAGGAGACGAAGCAGGUGCGCGGCACGGCGGACUCGGAAGACGACGAGGAGGAAGGCGACGAAGCGAUCGGUGAAGCGGACGGCAUGGACGGCGUGCGAUUGAAUAAAGGAGGCCGCGUGGAAUACGAAGAGAACGAAAAUGAGAAUGAGAAUGAAAUGAAGAGCGAAAAUGAAAACGAGGCGGAGAGCGAAUCGACCGGCAAAAUGGAAGAAGAGAACGACUCCACGUCCGCCAAGAUGGAGGAAGAAGAAGAAGAAGAAGAAGAAGAAGAAGAAGAAGAAGAGUCUUCCUCGGCGAGCAAGGCAACGCCCGGACAGACGCCCUUCGCUCGUCCCAUGGAAAAGGCUCCCGCGGACUACACGAUCCUGGAGGCGCCGUUCAAGGUGCUGAAGCUGAAGUUCUUCCGGCGCGCGAUGUACAACGCGCGCGACAACAAGGUGCGCGUGGAGUUCGAGUUCUCGCCGAGCAUCCCGAAGCUGCUGCUCAUCGAGCUGGCGGAGAAGGCGGCGUCGCAGAUCCUGGUGAACGCGAUCGAGCACAUCAACCGGUGCAUCCUGAUGGACCGCAGCGGUCCGGACGCGCCGCUGACGCUGCAGACGGAGGGCGUGAACUUCCCGACGGUGUGGGCGCACCAGGGCCUCGUGGACGUGAACAAGAUCUACUCCAACGACAUCUGGCAGAUCCUGGAGACGUACGGCGUGGAGGCGGCGCGGACGGCGAUCGUGACGGAGAUCACGCGCGUGUUCGACGUGUAUUCGAUCUCCGUGGACCCGCGCCACCUCACGCUCAUCGCCGAUUACAUGACGCAGGACGGAGCCUACCGGCCCAUGAACCGCGCGGGAAUGGAGAAUAUCGAGUCGCCCUUCCAGCAGAUGUCCUUCGAAACCACGACGCACUUCUUGAACAAUGCCAUUCUCAAUGGAACCUCCGACUCCAUGGUCUCGCCGUCGGCGUGCAUUGCGACGGGAAAAGCGAUCAAGGCGGGCACGGGAUGCUUCAAGGUCAUGCAGCCACUUUCUGUUUGGAAUGUUUGUUCUAGAAACUCGUUCCUUUUUUUACUUUUGUUGUAUUUUUGA